UUGUUUGUUUGGUAACGAUGAUCGCAAGAAAAUUGAAAUUAUACGUUAAAAAUUGUCCAGUUAGAAAUGUUGUCAUUUAACGUAAUAAUUUUGAUUAACGUUGAAAUCGAAAUGUAAAUUACGCUUUUAUUUUAUAAAUUAACAGUAAAAGUAGUAAAUAAUUCAUAGACGAAAAUAUCGAAUCAUUUUGUUUUGUAAAUAUGACAACGUUAAAAGGUGUUUUUCCUGAUCCAAAACCAAUAAAACGAAAAGAUUUUAUUCAUGAGAAUGUGAAGAAUGUUCGUCGUAUAGAACAAUGUUAUACAAAUAAAGAAAUAGAUGAAAUACAAAAGUUACGAUUGCAUGAACACAAAAGCAUUGGUAAUAAAUAUCAAAAUGUUCAAUCGAAAAUGAAUUCGAAUCUUCAAGUAAAGAAAUAUAAAGGCAAUAAUGUAAUUGUAAAUAACAAAAUAGAACAGAAACAAAAGUUGUGUAAAAAAUCCAAUUCAUCAAUGUUGAACAAAACUACUGUUAGCGCAAAAAAUAUGCUACAUUCAACAAGUAAUAAUAAUUCACCGGUUAAGCAAAAAAAGAAGGAGUGUAAGAGCUUGCAUAAAUCUGUAGAGAGAUUACACGAGAAAGUUUUAUCAGAUCCUAAUCUUUCAUGCGAAUCAAGUAAACACGUUGAUGAUGAUACAAAAAUUCAAACAAAAUUCAGAAGUCAAGGUAUCCAAACACUGGAUACAAAGGAAAUGGAUAAUUUAUAUUCUGAAGGAAUGAUAAGAUAUCCUUCAAAGAAAUGUUUAAACAAUUAUGAUUCAAAAAAUAAAAACGAACCAAAUCAAUUGAAUGAUAAAGCCCUAAGAGAUGCAACAAACACACCUUUAGAUCAAGGGGAUGUUAAAGAUCUUCAUAAAAAUAUACAGAAUAAAACUAAUUUAAGAAGUUCCGAGUUAUUUUCGUCUAAAGGAGAACUAGAUGUUACAAAAUUAAACAAGAAACAUAUUUCUGUAGCUAGUAAAGUAACCACUCGGUUAAAUAAUAAUAAUAAUAAUAAUAGUAAUAUCCCACCAAACAAUUAUCGCAAGGGUGUUGUUCCUAAAUAUCUUAAAAACAGAAAGGAAGCUCAAGAAAAAGAACAAAAAGCCAAAGAAGAGGUAUUAGAUCCUGAUUGUCCUAAUGGUCACGUUCAAUUACCUGACCAAGAACGCAAAGAAACAUUGCACAUAUUGAAGAAAAAUUAUCAAGAUUAUGUGAAUGAACUAAAUAUGAUGCCUAUAAAGUCAGAUACACUUAGGGCACAACAACGGAAAACAGAAAUAGAGAAACAACUAAAUAAAUUAGAGGAAGGUAUCAAGGUUUUUUCAAAACCUAAGGUUUAUGUAAAACUGAAUGCAUAAAUUACUGUUUUGUUAUACAAUGAUAUUUAUGUAUGUUACAAUAAAAU